GGGUUGGAUGGCAUACACCAGGUGAAUCAGCUGUGCUUAAUUAGAUUUUGCUGCAGUGAAAAAAAAAAGGGCAGUGGGUCCAGUGACACUUGUACUGUCACAAUGGCUACCUUUUGUCAGUUUGCCUUUUUUAUAGCUUUUGGCAGUCUUGUUUCAGUGCAUGCAGACAUGAAACUGGACUGUCAGCAGGAUUUUGUUUCACUGGUAUGGACAGAGACCAGACCACAAGUAGAUACCUCACAGUAUCGCCUGGGGAACUGUUUUCCCACCAGCGUAACGGCUACUCAGGCAAUUUUUAAAGUGGAACUUAAUGCUUGUAAAUUCAGGAAACUGGUUACUGGAGACCUUCUGCAAUACAGCAAUAAUCUUACAUAUGUGUCAUCUGAGUUGGAACUUCUUCCCUUCAGUCUCCCGGUUACAUGUGUUUAUCAGAGGCCAAAGGAUUGGUACCCUAUGAUCUAUAAUCCUGUUUUUGAUACAUAUGGUCAAGGAGAACUUCUUUUCCACAUUGGAAUAAUGAACAAUGAUUUCACAGGGCCAGCUGAGUCCUCCAGUUUUCCUUUGGGCUCUCUUAUUCCAAUUAUGGCAAGUGUGCAACAGGCAUCUCACCAGCCAUUGCAGCUCUUUAUUGAGGAAUGUGUUGCUGCCACCACACCACAGUUGUCACCAAAUGGAGAUAAAUACACAAUAAUAACCAAUAAAGGAUGUCUUGUGGACAGUAAAGUCUCACGCUCAAGAUUUAUACCACGCCAAAAGUCGUCAGAAAUCCUUGGAUUUCUCCAAGCUUUCAGGUUUUCAACUGGGGAGCAGGUAUAUGUUCACUGCACACUUGUGGCAUGGGAUCCUGUUGGCCUUGAUAAGACAAAAAAGGCCUGCAACUAUGUCCAAGGCCAUGGAUGGGAACUGGUAGACAACCCUUCUUAUAACAGUCUCUGUGACUGCUGUGAAUCAAGUUGCAAUGCAAGAAAGAUUAGAAGUACUCCAUUAGGAAAUGAAAUGGUCCAUGAAGUGGUGCUUGGGCCAAUCAUGAUUUCUGAGUUUAGCGAUAGCCUCUUCUGAGUGAACUCCAAUAAAUAAUUUUAUUAAAGAAUUGAAAAGCUCCAA